GGCUCUGGACCGUUCUCCUGUGUAGGUCCCUUCUCCCUUUAAAUAGGGGUCAUGCCAUGGCUCUCGCAUCACUGCAAUCUUUUCAUCAACAUCUUCUUUAAAUCAGAGGCCUGAGGCAGCUUUCCAGACAAAAAAGAGAAUGGAAGAAGGGCGUGAGACGGAGAGAUGGGUGGGAUAUGUGGACUGGAGGAACAGACCUGCCUUGAGAAGCAGACAUGGAGGCAUGCUUGCAGCCUCCUUUGUCCUUGUUGUGGAGAUAAUGGAGAAUCUGGCGUUUCUGGCGAACGCGAGCAACUUGGUCACCUAUUUGCAGCACUUCAUGCAUUUCUCGCCCGCCCGCUCGGCCACCGCCGUCACCAACUUCAUGGGCACUGCCUUCCUCCUGGCCCUACUCGGGGGCUUCCUAUCUGAUGCCUUCUUGGCCACUUAUCAUAUCUACCUGAUAAGUGCUCUCAUCGAGUUCUUGGGGCUGGUGAUGCUCACGGUGCAGGCCCAGUCUUCGGCGCUGAAGCCACCGUCCUGCGACACCCGAAAGACCGCCGCAAAUAGCUCAUGCCAAGAGGUUUCCGGUGGGAAGGCGGCCAUGCUCUUUGCCGGCCUCUACCUCGUAGCCUUAGGCGUCGGCGGCAUAAAGGGAUCGCUCCCCGCCCAUGGGGCGGAGCAGUUCGACGAGAACACCGUGGCCGGCCGCAAGGCCCGGUCCACCUUCUUCAACUACUUCGUCUUCUGCCUCUCUUGCGGCGGCCUCAUUGCGGUUACUCUGGUGGUGUGGGUGGAGGACAACAAAGGAUGGCAGUGGGGCUUCGGGAUCUCCACCAUUACCAUACUGCUCUCCAUUCCGGUCUUCCUUGCAGGCUCCGCGACUUAUAGAAGCAAGAUACCAAUCGGAAGUCCUCUGACGACCAUUGCCAAGGUGUUGAUCGCAGCUAUCUUUAAUGGUCAUGCUGCUCAGAGCCCAAGCAAUGCCAUCGCGGACAUGGCGCCCAGUCCUGUGAAAGCAAUCCGAACGGAGGAGGCGGCAAAGGAAGAAGACAGUACCGGUAAAGGCAUAGUAGCAACUGAAGCGCCGUCCGAGGAACUAGAGUUCCUUAACAGAGCAGUGGAAAGGAAGGCCAUUCACAAGGCCCUCGUGUGCACCAUACAAGAAGUGGAAGAAGUCAAGAUAGUCAUACGAAUCCUACCCAUAUUCCUUUCCACCAUAAUGCUGAGCUGCUGCCUAGCCCAGCUCUCAACCUUCUCAGUCCAACAGGCCGCCACCAUGGACACGACCAUCGGCGGGCUAACUGUCCCACCGGCAUCACUCCCGGUCUUCCCUGUCGUCUUCAUCAUUGUCCUCGCGCCGCUCUACGAUCAUCUGAUCGUCCCCUUUGCUCGAAAGGUUACCAGGACCGAAAUGGGCAUCACCUACCUCCAAAGAAUAGGCGUCGGGCUAAUUCUAUCGACAGUGGCAAUGGCCGUCGCAGCAUUAGUCGAGGUAAAGAGGAAGAGCGUCGCAAGGAGCUCCGGCCUGGUUGAUUCAGGGGAGCCCUUGCCUAUAACAUUCUUCUGGGUGGCGUUGCAGUACUUGUUCCUGGGCUCGGCGGACCUCUUUACGUUGGCCGGCUUGCUCGAGUUCUUCUUCACCGAGGCGCCGUCAGGGAUGAGGUCCUUAGCAACGUCGCUCUCAUGGGCGUCACUGGCGAUGGGGUACUACCUGAGCUCGGUGCUGGUGUCUGUAGUGAACGAUGUCACCGGCUGGGCACACCAUAACAAGUGGCUCUCAGGGAGCAAUUUGAAUCACUACCACCUCGAGCGCUUCUACUGGCUGAUGUGUGUGCUGAGUGCUCUCAACUUCGGGCACUUCUUGUUCUGGGCAUCUCGGUAUAGGUAUAGAACGGCAGGGCACGAGAAAUAAUGGGAGUUUAGAGCGUGAAUCGUGUUAUUAAAUGGUAAAAGGGGUGGAUAGAGAGGAUUGGUGGUGUCUACAGCCUCCACGAUAGAGGCGAGUUUCUCCUAAGCCUGAGGGCAUAUAUAUAUAGAUAGGUUGGUGCAUGUAUACCUGUAAGGGGAUGCAUGGGUCCAUUGCCCAAAUCUUGUACACAUCAAGUACUGGUGAAGAGACUUUGGAAUGGGAACAACGCAGCCACUUUUUAUACAAUGUAA